UGGGAUGAUGGGUGACUGGACUGGAGUCGAGUCAGGCGAGACGAGCCUGCUGCGCCAUACGUUGUUGCGUAGAAAUGGUUCCAGGGCGCUGCGCUGCUCGUCAUUUCGAACAAGCGAGUAGUAGGGAAGGGAGAGAAGCGUUGUUAGCCAGUCUCACUCACUCGUUGGCACACUGGAGUUAGCCCGAACGGACCGCCAGGACGCGAGAAGAACAACAGGCGAGGAAGUACGGAGCGCUAAAGAAGCGAGGAUCCAUGGCAUGAGGCGAAAAAAGUCGAACUUAAUCUCAAGGAAAAGGAAGCUUCAUUGCCAUUUAACGGCAGCGUAGCCACAUGCUCUGCGACUCGACACCUCAACUUACUCGACCUCUCGCGGCUCAACUGCGCCAUCGCGCCAUCGCGCCAUCUUUUGAGUCGACUCAAAAGGCAGCGUAGCCACAUGUUCUGCGACUCGACACCUCUAACUCCACCUCUCGCGGCUCUCUCGCGGCUCAACUGCGCCGUCGCGCCAUCGUGCAAAGUCACUGUUAACGCCGGCCUUUCCGAUGGGGAAUCUCCGCGGCAGAAGCUCAGUCAGCGUCCAACUAUCUCCGUCUGACGUUCACGGUAACCGUCAUCCUCCCGUCGUUAUCCACACAGGCGGCCACGUGGCGAGACAGGAGAGGCCCGCAUGCACCCUACACGUCGGAAUGGCGGGAUUGGCGGAGCACGUAGAACGGAGAUUGCCGGACGGCACAAUGGUAGACAUGGCGGCGGAGGAGAGAAACGGGCGAACGCACAGUUCAGGCUCUAUUGGGACGGACGCUAGUCGAAGCAGCGACGAGCAUGGUCGCAAUCAGAUUACGACGACGACGAUGGCUACGGCGACGGCGGUGGGAACGACAAUGGCGACGACUACGGUGGCAACGGUGACUGCGAUGGCGACGACGGUGUUGAACGACAGGUUGUCGCAGCAACCGCAGAUGGUUUCGAGGCCGCCUGCUUUCCGACGGAGCUCCAGCGUUGGCCAUGCAACCCCGUCCACUGGCACCGAAAGCGACCGCUCUCCACCCGACCGCUCUCCUUCCGACCGCUUUCCAUCCGACCACCGCCCCUCCAAUCGCGUCUCCCGCGAUCCGCUUGCCAUGUCAGUCCCUCUUCCGCCUCGGUCCUCGCAGCAGCAGCAGCAGCAGCAGCAGGAUUGUGGGUCGAAAGCAGUAGGCUAUGCGCACGCUGUGGUUCCGCGACCGCCGCCUGGGCAACCCCCCCGUGCGUAUCCGUCUCGGCACCGGAGAUCGCUCUCUCUAGGCGGCUCUUUAGGCUCAGGAAAAUCUGCCGCCGCCGCCGCUGGUGCUGGGGGUGCUGCUGGUGCUGGGGGUUCGUUCAUCUUUGCUCCCCCUGCUGGUGUGCGAAGAAGGAGCGUCACAGGAGCAGCAGACGCGGUGACAGACGUUGCAGGUUUGGCGGCAGCAGCUUUAGCUACAGCACAUGCUGAAGACAUAGAAAUAGCGGCGGAGGCAGAGGAGGAGGAGGAGGAGGGGAAACGUGGGAGCGGUGAGGGAGGCAGUAUCGGUGCAGCUGGUUCCAGCAGUGGUGGCGAUCGCAGCAGUAGGGGAGGAAGCGGGGGCGGCAGCAGAGGGAUUAUGUCCGUGCUAGGAAUACCCGGAGGUCGGUUUAGCGCACUGACCUCCACUCAGUCGCCCUCUGCUUCUCCCAAGAAAGCCCGGUCUCUCUCUCCCCUCUCUUCCUCCCACCUCUCCCCCCCUCUCUCCCCCCCCUUCUCUCUCCCCCUCUCUCCCCCGAUCUCCCUUGGUAUGCCGAAUCUGCUCUCAGUGCUGCGGCUGGGGAAACAGAGAGGGGGGGAUUCUGGAGGGGAUACUAUGUGCGGGGAGGGCAGUGGAGGAGGAGGAGCAGGAGGAGAGGAGGGGUAUGAUGGUGGUGGUAGCGGUGGAGGGACGGUAGGGGAGGCAGAGAAUGGGGUUAUGCGGAGAGGCAGGACGUGUAAGGAGAGGGGGGCGAGGGGGGGCCGAGGGGAUGGGAUGAUGGGUGAGGGAGAGGUGAAGGGAGGAGCAGGGGAGGAGGAAGAGGAGGGACCACCUGUGCGUCGGGCUGUGACGUGGUCUGUGAGAAAGAGUGGGAGCAGAGGGAGGGAGAGGGGGGGGGAGGGAGUGGGUGCGGGAGCGAGGGCGACAGCAAACGAUGGAGCAAGGGAGAGAACAAUGGCAAGUGAUGCUGCUCUGUUUGUGUGCUCUCCAUACUCGCCCAGCAGAGCACUUGGGGGGGGGAGGCCCCCUAGGAGCCAGCACCUGCCACCCCAGCAGCAGUUGCGGCAGCAGUGUUUGCAGAACUACCAAGGGCGGCAUCACCAGCAGCAGCAGGGGCAGGGGCCGGGGCCGGGGCAGGGAGUGGGGCACAGGCACAGGCGGUCUGUCUCGUGGGAUGUCACUGGGCUGGUGCAGAGCGCACACCGCACCAUGGAAGCACGCACAGCGGCUCAUGGCAGCCCUGGUUUAAGCGCUGCUGAGCCUGACGCACCAGCAGGCGCCGGGCUGGAUGACGCUGGGGGCUGGGGCAGUAGGGGCAGCUUUGAAGGGGGCCAAAGGAGAGAAUGUGAGGAGGAGAAGGAGGAGGGGGAGACUUAUAUAGUCAGAGGAAAGCACAGCCGUGGGGCGGGAAGCGGGGGCAGUAUGAGGGAGGUGAUGGGUGGAGGGGUAGCUGAUACUGCCUCUGCCACGGCGGCUGUCGCUGCUGGUGCUGCUGCUGCUGGCGCUGGCAGCAAUGGGGUGAAGGCAGCUUCUUCCAGUGAGCCUCGGCAUGUGCAGUGGGGAGGAGAGGACUCGGCUCGAUGGCUGGAAGAGCGUGUGGGUGCCAGUGCAGGUGCAGGGAGCAGCAGCAGCAGCAACAGCGCUUCAAGAAGGAGGUUCAUUGGUAAAGCCAGCUUCAGUGCUGGGGGUGUUGGUGCUGGCAGCAGCUUCGCCAGCAGCCUUGGUUUCCGGACCAACCGCAGCAGCAGCACCAGCAGCGGCAGCGGUAUCGGCAAUGGCAGCGGCAGUCUUGGUGGUAGUGGUGCUGGCGGCAGCAGCAGCAGCAGCAGCAGCAGGGUUAGCAUGGCUCGGCUGAUGAUGGCUCGAAGCCCCAGUGAGAGCAGCAUCCGUAGGUCAAAGGAGGGCGAUAGGGAUAGCCGCAGGGACCUAGACAGCAGCAUCAGCAUCAACAGACGCAGCAGCAUCAGCAGCAGCAUGCGGAGGGCAAAUGCGCGUCGGCCAUCCUCGGCAUUGCCCUCCUCCCCGCCCCGCUCCCCUGAGCUGAUUCCCCGCCAGGCGGUAGUCUUACGGCAGGAGCUUAGAUGGGAAGGGGGAGAGGGAGGCGCAUGGGCAGUGGGAGGGGGAGGGCGAGGAGGUCUGGCCAGCAGUAGUAGCCGUGGGUCCAUGUCCUUUUCUCAUGCGGCCUCUCCUCCUGCUGCUGCUGCUGCUGCUUCUGCUGCUGAUUCUGCUGCUGCUGCUAUGGCUUGUUCCUCCCUCUCCACUGUGAGAGGAGACCCCAUCGUCCGUGGAUGUGUCAUCGCCCCCAACCGCUUGCCAUCACACUCACCACCAGCAGCAGCAGCAGCUUCGGCAGCAGCAGGAGGCGCAGGAAAAGGAGGAGGAGGAGCAGGAAGCUCAGCAGCAGCAGGAGUUGGUGCAGGUACGCAAGAGAGUGUGAUCGGGAGGAGAGAAAGGUCCAAAACGGCACCUGCUCGCUCCCAGCCGGUUGUCUCACCACCACGCCCCCCAUCCCAAGUAGUGUUCGUCCCGAACGUGCUUCCAGACGUGAGCUGCAGGUUCGGCAGUGCCAACCUCCGGCAGCGGCCAGGGAGCGUGAAUCAGGAGCAGCAGGAGCAGCAGGAGCAGCAAGGAGAGGGGUGGAGCGUAGAAAGAGGGGAAGACGAGGGGCAGGUGCAGCAGCUAGCAGCAGCGCGUAAGCAGCAGGCUUUGGAGGAGUAUUUCAGCCGCACUCAGAAUUUCCUGCACCGAAACGCGAACCCUGUUGGCGCUGUGGGCUCCGUGAACCCAGAUACAGAUGGGCUAAAGCACGGGAGGAGAGAUGGGAAGAAGGCCGGUGGCGGGAGGAGCAGCAAGGAGAAGAAGGGGGCAAAGAAAAACGGAGGAUCCGAGACAAGAGAUGGCAAAGGGAGCAGGUGGAUGGGAAGAGGGGAGGAGUGGGGUGUGGGGUCUAGGAGCGAGAGGAAUACGGAUGGAAGGGAGGGCUGGUCAGGGGGGCGGUUGGAGGACCGUUCCGAGGAUCACUUUGCGGGUCCCUUCAACAGGCACAGAGAUACUCAAAUGGAGGUGCCAGCAGUGGCAGAGAGGGUGGGUUUCGAAGGGCAUGGUUGUGGGAGGGAUUGGGGAGGGGAACCCAGGUGCAGUGAUGGGCCCAGUUAUGGUACUAUGGUGGAACAUGGGGGGGGCGACGGCGCGGGGGAGUGGAGGUACCCCGAUUCACCCAAUCAUGCUUCCGCCCUGCAGCAGGGGGCUGGAGGGGAGGGGGGGGGGGACGGAGGUCUAGGGGGGGAAGGAAGAGGGGCGAAUUUGGGGCAUUGGCUAGGGGAGGAGGGUGGGGAGAGGGACGAGAUCUGGCAGGGAGAAGGGGAAGCAGAAUGGAAAGGGGGUGAGGAGGCAUGGGCGAGGGUAGGGGAGAGAGAGUGGGCACGGUUAGGGUGUGAGGGUGUGGAGGACGGAGGUGGAGGGACGGAAGGUGGCGGGAGGAGUGGUGGGAGGAGUAGUGGGAGGAGGAAGAGCAGUGGUGAGGCGUGGCAGGGUGGUGGUGAGGGACGUGAGGCGCUUGAGACGCAGGACGUGUGGUGCAAUGGCGAUGCGAUUGUGAGUGACUAUAACGAGGACGGGGGAGCAGAGGAAUAUGUGCUUCCUUUGCCCCACUGUGAGGCGAGGAGCAGCAAGACGUGGACAGGCACAGGGGAGCAGUGGACGGGGCGUGGGGUUCAGGAGGAGACAUGCUGGGAUGUGCCGGGGGAAGAGCAGGAGCAAGAGGAGGAUGAGGAGGAGGAGGUUGAGGAGGGGGAGGAGGGGAGUGAGGGGAGUGAGGGUCAGGCGAGGCAGUUCUUGCCGUGGGGCGUGCCAUUGGGCGGACAAGAGAGGGAGGGGACUGAUGAAGGUUUGAACGGCUCAGAUUAUUUGUGCUUAGAACAUCAGGAGGAUAUAGGGGAGGGGAGUAUUCGUGCGGAAGAAAAGGAUGCUGAGGAGGAGGAAGAGGAGGAGGAUGAAGAGGAGGAGGAGGAAGAGGAGGAGGAGGAAGAGGAGGAAGAGGAGCAGGAAGAGGAGGAGGAAGUGGAGGAGGAUGGGAAUAUUGUGGAAGAUGAGGGAGUGCAAGAGGUUGAGGACGAGCAUGCUUAUGGUGAGUUGCCAUGGGGCGCUGCACAAUCCUUGGAUGCAGAUGAUGGUGCUGAUGGUGCAGAUGGUGCCAAUGAUACCGACGAUACCGACGAUGCAGAUGAUACAGAUGAUACAGAUGAUACAGAUGAUACCGAUGAUACCGAUGAUACUGAUGGUGAAGGGGGAGUAGGUUCCUCAAGGAUGGCAGGUGCUGUGGCUGUGGAGAUGCUAGUUCUCGAUGAUGAUGAGAGGGAUGCAGUGGCAGGUGAGGAGGAGGAGGAGGAUGGCACGGAUGGGGGGGCAGAGGAAGAUGGCACGGAAUAUGGCAUGGCUGGUUCUGACUUGAUGGCAUGGCAAUAUGGUGGUGCACGCACGAGUCAAGCAGCCAGCAUGGAUGGUCUACGAGGUUGGGAUAACACGGGUGGUGGUGGGUCGGGUUGUUUAAGGGUGGGAGCGGGGCCAGGGGAGAGCAAACGCAGCAAGGAAGGGAGUAGAGGCAGGAAGGGGAGGGCGAGGGAGGUGGAGUAUAAACACGCGAGGGAGUAUGAUCUGCUGAGGCUGCUCAGUGACGGUGGCAGCAGCCAGGGGGGUGUGAGCGAGGGGGAAGGGCGGUGGGAGGAGGAGGAGGGGGAAGUGGGUGGAUUGUUGGAGAAAGGGAGGGUAGGGGUGAAGGGUAGUGGGGUGGAGGUGGACGUGUUGGUUGUGGAAAUGGAAAGCGGAGGGGAGAGGAGGACGAGGAUCGGAGAGGGGGUUGCAGAGUGGGUGGUGCUUGGAGGGGAGACAGAUGAGGAUGAGGAGAACGAAGAGGAGGAAGAACAGGAAGAAGAGGAAGAAGAGGAAGAAGAGGAGGAGGAGGAAACGACAGAGGAAGAGGAAGAAGAGGAAGGGGAGCACAAAGAGGGGGGAAGGGAGCUGGAACGGGGGAGCAAGGUGGACGAGAAUCGGUCAAGCGUACCAUCCAAACAACUUGACACAGGGGCGCACGGUGGAGUCUAUCACUCCGUGCUGCUGCGUAGAGUGAUGGAGAGGGGAGCUGCUGAUCCUGUGUCUCGCACUCACAGUGCCGACCUGCACAGCACGAGGCCACGUAGUGCCCAUGUGUUCCCGACCAGUAGAAGCACCAGCAGCUGUGGAAGGCAGGAUCAGUGCCCCCAGGGAAGAAGCCGUGGUGCUGGCCGUGGUGCUGGCAGUGGUGGUGGCAGUAGGUCUGGUGAGAGAGGCUUGGGCCGAAGCUGCUAUAGCACAGGCUUGAGCCCUGCUCCCAGCAUUGCACCGACUGCCUCGGCAGCUUCUGCUGGUGGGGGUGGCUCUGCUGCUAUGGCUGCUGCUGCUGCUGGUUAUGCUGUAUGUGACAAUCCAGCUGCAAAGGACAUCGGUGGUGCGAGGAAUGGUAGAGGUACGCAGCAGGCGAACGGCAGGGGUGAGCAGUACCAGCAGAACCAUCAGUCCCAUCAGUCUCUGCAGAAGCAGCCGGGCUUGCCACAGCUACAGCGAUCAUCCAGCGUGGCCACCAGCACACUAAGCAGAAUGGCACGGAGCAGCAGCGUGGGCAGUCCUUGCAGCAGCACAAGUCUAGCACCAACAGCAAGAGCAAGUUCCAGCGGCUUCUCUGUUGCCCUUUCUCCCUCUACAUCCGCCUCCCGCUGUGAUCCGAAGAUCAGAGGCCCCAUCACCACCCAGGCUCCAGACCUGUCGGACCUGUCAGACCUCUACCAGAGCAUGAUGGCGACGUAUCAGUGCCAGCCUGUGCAGGCGUGCUCUCAGCAUCAGAAGGUGUGCUCCCCGCCAGUCGCCCUGGCAUCCGCUACACGUGCUGCUGCUUCUGACGAACCAGACUUAAGGAGUAGUGGCCACGGUGGCAGGCCAGCCACAGGCAGCAGCGGCGGUAGUGGCGGCGGCGCUCGCGAGCGGUUGGCCCAGAGAGAGAUGCUCACUCCAAAAGGGGGGAGCUGGAACGAGCAUGCACGCUCCUGGGACCGCAUCGGAGGCGGCAUGGGCACGGGAGGUGCUGCUUCGAGACUGGGCCCUGGUGGGGGGGUAGGGGGAAGUAGAGGGAGGAAUGAAGGGGGGGGUGGUGAUGGGGGGGAUGGUGAUGGAGGGAGAGGAGGAGUGAGGGCAUCGAAGGGACGAGUGACAGCGGCUUCGGCGAUGCGUCAGCUCAAGGCUGGGUCUGGUGGUGCGGGCGGCUCAUGCAACUCCCGCUCUCUUGACAAGUUCAUCUGAUCUGAAUCUGCUGUGGGAACAAGUGAGAGUAGAAUAGAAACGGUCUUGGAGCGAAUGACCUGCCAGUAGUGCACCUGUAGUGUGCCCUUAGUGUACCAGCGGUGUACCGGUAGUGUAGCUCGGUAAUCUGGUUUUGUAAAUAUUUGGCACGGCAGGAGGAUGGGUCCGGCUUGAAACUUGAUGGUCGGGUCAGGUCGGGUCGGGUUGGUUGCCUAGCAUGGUUGUCGCUGCCAGCCAGGAAGCCUGGCAUGCUGGGGCGAAUACAACAUAGA